UUUGAUUCGUUGAGAGCUGAUUACCCACACUUUAAUUCCUGUUAUCAUCCAAAUGAGUACGUUGUUUUUUGGAUUGAUGCUUAAUGCUUCUACAACCAAAAGAUGUUACAAUUUAAUUUCUUUUUUGGUAUAAUUAUUAUUCCAUCUAAUUCCUUUCAUCUUAUUUCUUCGUGUCAAUACUCAUGCUGCUAAACUAUCAAUCGCAAAUGGUUUUAGUUUUACUCUCCAUUCUUGUCUGAUCAGAUUGAUAUCUCUUGGGACUUGGAAGACCCACUCAAUUUCUUAACCUCUUCUUGGACUCUCGGCUACUGGAAUCCUUAAGCAACUCACUCAGUUCAUUUGGCUAAGAAUUCGAAUCUUUACUUCUUUAGUGUUCGACUUUGUCAUUAUGUCUGUGCCUGAGAGCGAUGUAAAUAAAAGUGGACUUUGUGGAGGGCCAUCGGAUUCAUGCAAAAAUCAUAGAUGGGCUUUCGAAGUUUCUUUCAAAAGUGGGUUUCUAGUUGGUUUUGUGGUUUUUGUUAUAUCAUAUACAGUUUUUUUUACGCACUAUUUUAAUCUUUGGGUGGGAUCAAAGAAGAGAAGUAAGAAGAUGCGAACAAGCACAACAGUGUUGACAGCGAGCAGGAAGAAGAAGGGUAAAGAAAUUGAUCAAGUUACCCAAUUGCCAAUCCUUGGCUUCGAUCAAGAAAAAAACGGAGAGAUUUUCAAGUUGGAGAGAAUGGUUACCAAAAUGAGCCUUACAGAACUUCACGAGGCAACUGGCAAUUUUAACACAAGCAAUAUCAUUGGAUUGGGAAAGUUCGGAAUGAUGUACAAGGGAAUGCUUCCAAAUGGUCGGCCCCAUGCGAUUAAGAGGUUACAUGAUUCCCAAUCUUUUGAGAGACAAUUUGUCUCUGAGCUUUUGGCUCUAGGUAUAUUGAAACACAAUAACAUAGUUCCCCUAUUAGGAUACUGUAGAGAAAGGAAGGAAAAGCUUUUGGUGUAUAGAUAUAUAUCGAAUGGUAACCUUUAUGAUUGGCUACAUGCAGCGAAACGUAGGACUAAGAUCUUGGAAUGGCCUUUGAGGAUUAAAAUUGCCAUUGGAAUAGCAAGAGGCCUAGCAUGGCUUCACCAUGAUUGCAAUUUCCGUGUGGUCCAUCUCAACUUGAGUUCAAACUCUAUCUUACUUGAUCAUAAUUUUGAGCCUAAAAUAUCGAAUUUUGGUGAGUCAAUAAUAUCGAAUUUUGGAGGGGAAAUGUUCAAGAACCUAAGAGGCAAUAGCAUUUUUAUAGGUAGUGAUGUUUGGGAGUUGGGUUAUGUAAAAAAGGAUGUCUAUGACUUUGGAAUUUUGCUUCUGGAGCUAAUUAUAGGGAAGGAAUCCAUUGAAAUUAAUAAUUUUGCCAACAAUUCCAAUGGGAGUUUGGUUGACUGGAUUGCUCAUCUUUUCACUAGCUCUUCUAAUCUCUACAAUGUGAUUGAUGAAUCUUUGAUUGGCCGAGGAUUUGAAGAUGAAAUCUUUGAGUUACUUAGAAUUGCAUAUACUUGUCUUAAUCUCUUUCCUAGUCAAAGGCCAACAAUGCUUGAACUAUACCAUACAAUUCAUAUUUUUGGGGAGAGAGAUCGCCUCACAAGUAACUUUGAGAUAUUGAGGCAGUCUAAAAUUGCCACUGCAAGUACCUCUGGUGAAAUCGUAGAGGUUGAAAUUACAUAGGCAAAUUACAGCAUGGCAUCCUAAGUCUGAAACAGAUUUGGAUUUAUGUUUGUUUUCUAUAAUAAUCUUUUAUUGUCCUUUACUGGUUUUUUAUUUUCU